ACGAACUAUGACCUUUAACAGAAGAAAAUAACAAUUAUUAUUUUUUAUGGAACAACCGAGCGCCUUAAAGCUGAGAGCGGCGUCCCUCUGAGACCUCACUAAUGACUCUACAUGAUCAUGGCGACCAACCUGAACCUGCUCUCUCAGCAGAAAUCAGACUCUGAGCAUGAUGCAGAGGGGUCAUGCUCUCCAUCAGAUCCAUCAGAUCCAGUGAUGGAUGAGUCUCCCCAGCGCUUUCGGGUCAUCUCUGCAGAGCCUGCCACAACACCACAGCGAAUACAGAUUGUAACCGACCAGCAGACGGGUCAGAAGAUCCAGAUUGUGACAGCGAUGAACCCGUCCAGUGCUUCAAAGCAGCAGUUCAUCCUGACAACGGCUGACAGCUCAGGGGCGAGCAAAGUUAUCCUGGCCUCACCGGAGACUCACAACUCGAAGCAGGUCAUCUUCACAGCUGCAGACAGCCUGAUGCCAGGAAGGAUACAGAUCGUCACAGAUCCAGUGUCAAUGGAGCGUUUGUUGGGACAGUCAGGAGAUCUAAGUCGAUCUCAGCCAGUGGAAUAUUGCGUGGUGUGUGGCGACAAAGCUUCAGGGCGUCACUAUGGAGCUGUCAGCUGUGAGGGAUGCAAAGGUUUCUUCAAGAGGAGUGUGAGGAAAAAUCUCACCUACAGUUGUCGCAGUAAGCAGGACUGUGUCAUCAACAAACAUCACCGCAACCGCUGCCAGUUCUGCCGGCUGAGAAAAUGCCUUAACAUGGGGAUGAAAACUGAUUCUGUCCAGAGUGAGAGGAAACCCAUCGACGUUGUUCCCCGAGAAAGACACUCCAACUGUGCUGCCUCCACCCAGAAGAUCUACAUCCGCAAGGAUCUCAACAGCCCACUCAUCGCUACACCAACCUUUAUCUCUGAUACAGAUACAGAUGGUUCCAGAUCCAGCCUGCUGGACCAGGGAAUGCUGGUUAAUAUCCAGCAGCCGGUUAUUCAGGCUGAUGGGACGUUGCUGUUGGCAACAGACUCCAAGAUGGAUUCUGAGCACGGAAACCUGGGGACGCUUGCCAAUGUUGUGACAUCACUUGCCAACCUGAGUGAUUCCCUGAAAGAAAGCCUGAAUAAUGGUGAUACCUCAGACAGCCAGCAGGAGGAGCAGUCUGCAAGCGAGAUAACACGUGCCUUUGACACUCUGGCCAAAGUCUUCAACCCACCUGAAGCAGGGGGAGAACAGAACCUGGCUGAGAAGUCGCAUUGUGUCAGUGGGACUACCAUCCAGCUGAUUGGACGGGACCAAGAGACGCCCAUCAUUGAGGUGGAGGGACCGCUGCUCACCGACAGCCAUGUUGGUUUCAAGCUGACCAUGCCCAGCCCCAUGCCCGAGUAUCUGAAUGUACACUACAUCUGUGAGUCGGCGUCCAGGCUCCUCUUCCUCUCCAUGCACUGGGCACGCUCCAUUCCUGCCUUCUCAGUACUUGGUCAGGAGGCAAACACAAGCUUGGUGCGAGCUUGCUGGAACGAGCUGUUCAUUCUGGGUCUUGCUCAGUGCGCUCACGUGAUGAACCUGUCAACCAUCCUGACUGCCAUCAUUAACCAUCUGCAAAGCAGCGUCCAGGACGACAAACUUUCUGGAGAGAGGGUGAAGCAGGUGAUGGAGCACAUCUGGAAGUUCCAGGAGUUUUGUAACAGCAUGACACGGUUGGAGACUGACAGCUAUGAGUACGCCUACCUAAAGGCUAUUGUGUUGUUCAGUCCUGAUCACCCAGGUGUGGAGAGCAGCGGCCAGGUUGAGAAGUUCCAAGAGAAAGCCCUCAUGGAGCUGCAAGACUAUGUGCAAAAAACAUAUCCUGAAGACACAUACAGACUAACACGCAUCCUGACACGUCUGCCUGCCCUUCGUCUAAUGAACUCAAGUAUCACAGAGGAACUUUUCUUCACUGGUUUGAUAGGCAACGUCUCUAUUGACAGCAUCAUUCCCUACAUACUCAAGAUGGAGACAGCGGAGUAUAACAGUCAGGACUCGGACUCGACAGAAUGACAACACACCAAGGACCUAAAAAGUGUCAGUUAAGUUUGUAAAUCUCAUUUUCAGGUACAUGGUCUCUAGAGGGCUGUAGUUGAACUACAAAUCUUUGUUUUCUAACAUUACUUGCCGGAUUUGGCGUAACAUGGCAUUGGAAAACCAGGAUGACCAGGAAUGUUUUCUGCACUUCAUGCUGUGAGUCGCUCUUAAGUACAUGGGGGAAAAAUAUUCAGUCAGCUGUAACUUCUCAACUAUCUCUUUUAAUAUUUUCUUCACAUUUUAUUGCGCACUUUGACCCUCAUUGUCAAAUAGUCUGAAGUUUAAAUAAGCCUUACGUUCUGUGAUGUUAAUCAAAUACAUGUAAUUUUGAGUACUAGCCUUUGAUCCAAAAAUGUCAAAUAAAAUACCAAACACAGCCUGAAUUGUAAACAUCAGAUUAUGUAAACCUACAGGAGGAUCAUAUUGUUUUGGUUUCUUCUGCUGCCAGCACUUCUGCAGUCGGUACGUUUCAUGUUUGUGGCAAAAGUUUCAGACUCAAACACGGACGUCUCUAAUAGCCAAGAAAUUUAAAAUCACUUUCACAUCAGAAUAUAUAUAAACUGGCUUUGUAUGUUUUUUUUUUUCCCUUUGAUGUUUUUGUCCAAAUAUUUUAACAGAAGCUAAUUAACAAGCCUCACAAUUAUUACGUAUAAUCUAAAUGGAGGCCUUUAACUUAUUUUGUUUAUUUUAUGACACUUACAGCCAGAUCACCCAUGUCCAUACCGUUGGCCUGAACUAUGGUUUAACAAGGUAAAUUUAGUUUCAGGUUCAGUUUAAGAUGAAGUUGAUUCACUUCUUACCUUGAUCUAUCACCAUGGGAACUCAUAGAAGAAACUCGGGCAGCAUAAUAUUAGAAAAACAGUAAACAAAGCAAUAUUAUUGCUGAAUACUGAGAAAAUUACAAUUAUUUCUUUAAUUGGUCUGAUUCUUUUUCCAUCAUUGUUGUAUAAGCAAAAUUAUGCUUUGAUCAUUUGAAUAUGAGAUUGAAAUGAACACUAAUCUUCACAUUCCCAGCAAUUGUUUUGGGAUUUUUUUAGGUACUAUUAUUGGUAUGUGCCAACAUUAGGAAUUUGAUCAGCAUUGAUCCGAUUAAAAAAAACAAACAAAAAAAUGGCAACAAGAUGAAAAUAAAUCUUGUUGCCAUUUGUUUCUGGAGGAGGGGAGGAACUUUGUCAUGUGACAGUGAUGGCGAUGCAGCGCAGGAUUGUGAUGAGUUUACCUGCAGCAGAGAAGCUAUGGUGAAGUCAGCGGUGUGGUCAUUUUUUUCAAGGUGUCGAAAGGAUAGUGAAAUAUAUUUAUUUAAUGUAUGUAAUAUCUGCAAAUAUAUGAGUUAUUAGCCAUAACAGCUAUAUUAAGAUGGGAUUUCGAUAUUAGCUCAAAUGUUCAAAUCAGAACAUCCCUAGUUUUUUUUUUUUUUUUGCCAGCUUCCUUCCUUCCUUUCUCCAUCUUCUUCUUCUUCUUCUUUAAUUACAGCUCCAGCUGUUUUAUAUUAAUACUUUUGUUUCCUGGGUCACUCAGGCUUGCUGAGUUGGUAAUAAGCUUCCUAGUCACAGAGAUGUAAUCUUCAAAUCUAUUUUUAGUUAAACUGGUCCUCUAAAAGAAAAUGUGUUUGAACCUGCUUCUUAGCAGAAGGCCUUCGUCUGAGCAGUACUGUUGUUUUUUAUUACCAUAAAGGACAUUUCUUGGUGUAUUUUAAUGUGGAUGCAUUUAUUAAGGUACACUUAGGCUUUUAAAAUCUGUGCAAUCACCUCCUCCACUUUUUUUCCUUAUUGACAAUCAGUUAUGUUUUGUUCUUCUGUCCCAUCAGUGUUACAGCUCUGUAGACUUACAGUCUUUCUUUGUCUUCAAUCAAUUUAGAAUGUUGUAAAGACAAUUAUUUAAAAGCUUUGGGUUUAAAACUCGUUCUAAUGUGUAGCUAUGCUACACUUUAUGUUUGCAUUGGUAUUUUGUUGCACAUUAAUCAGCUCCUGUGAUGUUCCACUGCAUUUAGGCUGACUAAAACUGUAUAUUUUGUAUGUUUUUUGAAAACAUUCGUUUGUUUUGAGCAAAUUUGCUUGUUGCAUACUAAGUGUACUUAAAGUACUUUUGGGCAGGUAUCCCUGAUUGAAAAACAAUGAGAUUCUGUGUAAAGCCAGCCUUGAAUGCAUUCAUGUCUUGAGGACAGCAUUGAGAUAUGCAUUGGCUUUACCCUCUUGUAUAUAUGUUUAAAUAAACAUCCACAGCAACAUGAAUGGUAACGGGGAUGUACAUAAGUCAGCUAGGUUUGUGUCUCAUGAACAUCAAUUGUAAUAUUUUGGUUUUAAACCUGAAAAGACUCUUUCUAAAAAGGCACUGGUGAUGAAAUGGCAUUUGUACAUGUAACGGACAUUAAAAUGAGCGCAUGUUGUUUUUAAACAGGGUUUUAUAAUCUUUCUGUGAGCCCUAAUAAGGAGCAUUGUUGUCAUUUUUAUAGUGCAUUGCCAUGCAUGAAGAAAUUGCUUAAGCACAUUUUAAUAAAUGCAGUAUGUGAAAUAUUGAUUUAAAUGUUGUAGCUUUAGCAGCUAUUCCAGGCGCAUACAUCAUCCUCUUUUGUGGUAUCAUUUGGGUAACAUUUUUUGAUACUAUGUGAAUCUACUCUGUUCUUUUUUCUGUCUUCGGAAGUUUGAAUUAUGAAUUUUAAACAUUUAUUUCCCAAGAUGGUUACAACCCUACAUUUCUACCUCACUGAUAUAAAUCAAAUGUAUUAACAACUGAACUCUUGUUUCUGCAUUCCAGUAGGAGGCUAGCUUCUCUGAAGCAAUGCGCCUUAUUUCAACUAAAAUAAACAUCUAUUCAUUUAAUGUAA